AUUUAUUGAGACAUAGGAAUCAACGUCAACAUAUUUUAGACACAUACAUUAUGUCUUUACUAUUUCGAGGUUAAUACAUCUACCUAUGUUUCAAUGUCUUUGUUCUGAUUCCGUUUUCCACCUCUAUAUAUCAUUUCCACCUCGAGAGACCUUCCUUAUAAUCAGUAAAACAACUGACGCCUCAGUUUCAACACAGAAGAAGGAAGAAAUCAAUGGCCACCACCACCAUCACCAACAAGAAAGAGAUAGAGAAAAAGAUAGAUGAUAAUGAUCAUCAUCAAGAACAAGAACUGAAGCAUCUUGGGUUUGUGAGAAUUGCUGCUAUUCAUGCUUUUGUUUGCAUGUCCAGUCUUUAUGAUUAUGCGAAACAGAAUUCGGGAUCUUUGAGAUCUGCUGUUGGAACCGUUGAAGGUACUGUUACUACAGUUCUUGGUCCUGUUUAUCACAAAUUCAAGCCUCUCCCUCAAGAUCUUCUCCUUUUUCUCGACAAUAAGGUGGAUGAAGCAACUAACAAAUUCGAUGAGCGUGCCCCGCCUUUUGCGAAGCAAGUAGCGAACCAAACAAAGGUUUUGAUUCAAGGAGUAACACACAAGGCUGAGAAAGUAGUGAAUGAAGCACAAUCAGGUGGGGCAAAAGCCGCUGCAAAUUAUGUGGUUACAGAAUCAAAGCAAGUAGUGCUAACAAGUUCAGUAAAAUUAUGGUCAGGUCUCAACCAUUAUGCACUGUUUCAUGCAGUGGCAGAGUUGGCGAUUCCAACGGCUGCGCAUUGGUCAGAAAAGUACAACCAUGUUGUUAAGAACAUUAGUGGAAAGGGCUAUGCUGUGUCUGGAUAUUUGCCUUUGAUUCCUGUUGAUGAAAUAGCUAAGGCAUUUAAACAAGGAGAAGGUAAUGUGAGUGUUGAUCAAGAAAAAACUUUGGUGGAAGAUGUUUCUAAUUAAGUACUACUACUAGUAGUUAUUUUCUUUGCAAAAUGUGGUUUAAGAAAGAUGUAGAGGGUAUGUAGGUAUGAAUGGAAACUAAUGUAAGAAAUUGUGGGAAUAGACCAUGUAAGCUAGAGUAUUACUAAGUGAGUGGAACAUAAUGUGAUUAUGUCAAUGGUGACUUAAAUGGCCAAAACCUCAAUGAGAUUAACUAUAUAAAAUAGUUUAUGUUUAGAAACAUUCC